AUGGAGGAGAAAUCAAAACUGAAGUACCUUAAUGCACUGGAGAAAGAAAGAUGCACAAAGACAGAUGUUUGUAUUGACAAGAAGUUUUUUAUUACGUUUCCAUAUCCGUACAUGAAUGGAAAGCUACACUUGGGACAUUUGUUUUCAAUAUCGAAGGCGGAUUUUUUUAGCUAUUACAAAGAGCUUCAAGGAUACAACGUGUUGUUUCCGUUUUCUUUUCAUUGCACUGGCAUGCCGAUAAGUGCAUCUGCAAAGAAGCUUAAUGACGAGCUUAAUGGAAAGACGGUAGAUGUGUCAGUCAGGAAGAUAAUUGAAGACUUUGGAUUUACAGAUCUGGAACCAUUUACAGAUCCAAUACAUUGGAUAAGAACGUUUCCUAGUCUUUGUGAAAGCUCCUUGAGAAAGUUUCAUGCAAAUGUUGACUGGAGAAGGUCUUUUAUAACCACAGACUUGAACAAGUACUACGACUCAUUUGUGAAGUGGCAAUUCAACAUACUGAACAGAUUGGGAUAUCUAUCGUUUGGAAAGAGACACUCGAUAUUUUGUCCUGUUGAUAGGCAGCCAUGUCAGGAUCAUGACCGUAGAAAGGGAGAGAAUGUAAAGCCAGUGAUGGCAAUUCUGUGUAAACUAAGGUUUAGUGAAGGAGUUCUUCUUUCAAGGAUGAAGGACGGAUGCAUUCCAAGUAAGGUAAUUUUUGGAUGUAAGAGGGAGAUUGUUGGCUUUGAAUAUGAUGGUGUGAAAUACUUUGCAGAAAGGAAUAUUUUUGAUAACAUAAGGAUGCAGACUAAUGUAAAAGUGACUGAUAGAGAUUCAGAUCUGAAUGGCAACGAUAUGCCGAGGGCUAUUGAGAUCACAAAGCUUUUCAAACAUACAUUUAUGGUGUUUGAUAGAGAAGUGAAGUGUGAAGCUAUUGAAAAGGAUCUUGGAUGCAUUGUGAAAGGGGCUCAGGCUGAAGUAGAUGAGGAAUGUAUUGGAAAGAUCAAAAUGGAGUUUGAGUCAAUAGAGAAAGCAGAGGGUAGCGAUGUAAGACUUGCAGAGACAGAAAAUUUCAUCAAGUUCUAUGAGCCAGAGGACGAGGUGAUAAGUAGGUCAGGAGGAAAGUGUGUGGUUGCAUUAACAGAUCAAUGGUAUGUGAAUUAUAAUGAUGAAAAGUGGAAGCAAGAAGUGUGGAGAUGUAUGCAGAAGUUGGAAUGCACUGAGGACACAAGGAAGGUUCUUGAAGAAGCACAUGGAUGGAUAGGUAGAUGGGGAUUCUCUAGAUCGUUUGGACUAGGUACAAAAAUACCUUGGGAUGAGGAAUACCUGAUAGACUCACUGAGCGAUAGCACGAUCUACAUGGCAAUGUAUACAUUUAAGCAUUUUCUCUACAGUGAUUUGGAAGGCAAAGAUGAGAUAUUUCCAAGCAUGCUGCUGUCCGAUAAUGUGUGGAAUUAUAUUUUCUUGAAUAAAGAGGUGACGCCUGAGCUUUUAGCGCAUGAACAUGUGCUGAUGAAAUGCAGAGAGUCAUUUGAGUAUUUCUAUCCAGUAGACCUGCGAGUCAGUGGGAAGGAUUUACUUAAGAAUCACUUGGUAUUUUUCCUGUUUAACCAUGUUGCAUUAUUUGAUGAAAAAUAUUGGCCAAGGAGAAUAUUCACGAAUGGGCAUUUAAUGCUGAAUUCUGAAAAAAUGAGCAAGAGCUCGGGAAAUUUCCUAACGGUUGAUGAAUCUCUAGCGAAAUUUGGAGUGAGUUCCACUCGUAUGUGUCUUGCGGUAUGUGGUGAUGGAAAUGAAGAUGCAAACUUUGUGGAGUCGAAUGCCAAUGCAUUUGUACUCAAGUUGCAUUCGUAUGUGAAGCAGAUAGAGGAGAUAUGCUCAAAUGGUACUGAGAGAUUGAGCGUGUCUAAGAUUGCCAGUGAAUAUCCAGAAAUGGGAUUUGCAGAUAGGUUCCUGAUUCAGACGAUUUCCACAAAUGUUUCAUUUACUAUUCGAGCGCAUGAAGAAAUGAUGUAUCGUGAUGUAGUGAAAUAUGGAUUCUAUGAAAUGAUACAUGCAAAGGAGAUGUAUCACAUACUUGGAGGUAACAACAUAUCUCUUGUUAUUUUGCUAUACAAAUCUAUUUCACAGCUAUUAUAUCCGAUAACGCCUUCUCUAUCGAGGCAUCUGAUUGCAACCUACUUUGAUUCUGAAUUUUCACUUCCUCCCGUGUUUGUAUUAGAUACUAAUGAAAUUGAUGCAGUAACAUAUCUCAAAAACACAUUAAGAAAGUUGGUUUCACAGAAGAAGAAGAGAAAGUACUCGAGUGUGGAGAUUUUAGUAGGUGUGGAAUACACAGAAUGGAAGAGGAGAUGCAUGAGUGUAGUUGAUCAGAUUUUAUGUGAAUGUAAGCUCGCAGGAAUAAGUAUUUCUGAUGAGAUUAAAAAUCCCGACUCACUCUUGCUUUCAAAGAUCAUAAGCUCAUCAAAAGAGAUUCUUAAAGAGUUUGGUAUUGCUGAGCAGAAGGGAAUAUCGUUUUCAAUGGAUUACCUUGCUCGCCCAGAGUGUUAUACAACAAAAUUCAAUGAGUACAAGGUCUUGGAAUCGUACAAGCAUUAUAUUGCGGACAAUGCAGACAUUGAAGUAUUUGUUUGUGUUAGCUCUAGAGCAGACCCUGGGAAUCCUCUAUUUGAAUUCAAAUAA